GAGAAAAAAGAGAAAGAGAGAAAGAGAGAAGAGAGAGAAAGAGAGAAGAGGGAAUGCCACAGGGCACGCGAGAGGGAACGCCAGAGGGAAUGCCACAGGGCUCGCGACAGGGAACGCCAGAGGGAAUGCCACGGGGUACGCCACAGGGCACGCGACAGGGAACGCUAG